GACCAAUUCAUUGGUUCCGCGUUGCCAUGCUUCCUACCCGGGAUGUGUAAUGUUGUUGCGUCUCAGGAUGACUUCUCCGUAUUUUUCACAAAACAGGACGGUUGUCACUCGAAGAUGUAAGCAGAUAGACACAUCCACCGCUGCUGUUUCUCUCCUAUCCGGACUGAGGAAGCGCAGGAACGUGAAUGCUGUGAAAAUAGAAGAGGAGGAGGCGAGAGUCUGCUUAUCAACACCUGAUGGAAGCCAGGAUCUCUUCCAGUUGGCAACCGUUCUGCCAAAACUAGAAACGGACGUUCCUCCAUCGUCUUCACAUGGCCGCAGGCGGAGACAGAUUAAGGUGGAGUACGAUGAAGGUGCAGCACCAGCAAAGGCAGAACACUGGCAACCUCCUGAUUGGCAGAAACAGUUGGGGUUCAUCCGUGACAUGAGGAGCAAUCGCGAUGCUCCGGUGGAUCACAUGGGAGCAGAGAAGAGCUACGACGCAGAGGCUCCAGCUAAUGUGCGACGUUUCCAGGUGUUGGUGUCGCUGAUGCUGUCCAGUCAGACUAAAGAUCAGGUGACGGCGGCUGCUAUGCAGAGGCUUAGAGCGCACGGCUGCACUGCGGAGAAACUUCUAUCUACUGAUGAUGACACUUUGGGAAAACUCAUCUACCCAGUCGGCUUCUGGAGGAACAAAGUCAAGUUUCUGAAGCUGACAGCAGCCAUGCUUGUGAAGGACUUUGGAGGGGACAUCCCGGAUAGCGUUGAGGGGCUUGUCCGUCUCCCAGGGGUUGGACCCAAGAUGGCUCACCUGGCUAUGGACAUUGCCUGGGACCAGGUGUCUGGUAUAGGCGUGGACACCCAUGUGCAUCGUAUCUCAAACCGACUUGGCUGGCUCAGGAAGGCCACCAAGAACCCAGAAAAGACACGCAAGGCCCUGGAAGAGUGGUUACCACGGGAGCUGUGGAGUGAGAUCAAUUGGCUUUUGGUGGGCUUUGGACAGCAGGUUUGCCUUCCAACCAACCCUCUGUGCUCCGUGUGUCUGAACCAGCAUAGCUGCCCCUCCGCUCACCAGAACUCUCCUGCAAAGCGGGCAAAAGCUCAAACCUCGUCUUCUCCCGCUCUCAGAACGAACAAAAACACUGUGGUUAAGGAUGAAACAAGAAGUGGAGAGCUGGGUCAUGUUAAUUCCACCACUCAAAGAAGAACAGCAAGAUGAAACACAAAUAUUUUUUCUAUAAACAAAGCUCUAUUACUAUACACUGAAUUUUUUGUAAACAAACUUGCCUUCUUCAUGUUUUUUUCCGCUAUGUACCAUAGUAGAGGGUACUUUAGUGUUGCGCAAUGCUGUGGUUCCAAAACUUUGAAGACUGUAUUUCAUUGUUUGUUUCCCAGCAAGAUGACCCAAAUACUUCUUUACAUUGCUACUUUGGGGAAACACUGCGUGAAUGUAUUUGAUGCCCACUAACAGUAUACAAGAUCAGGAGUUUUUUUGUAUUUGACAAAUCUUUUAUAUAUAGAUUUUUUCAACAUCGGUAUAGCCCUUAUAGUUUAUGAUCGUAACAAAAUGUGUAUGUUUUAAAUGUAAAUAACAUUUGAGCAUGUGUGCCUAUAGCCUUUCCCGCACUCAUUUCUUGGACCCAGGUUAGAGACCCGGUUAGGACAGGUGGAUUACACGUCACCCCAUGAUAAGUUGCACUCUGUUUGAUUAUUUGUUUAGAACAGUGGUUCUUAACCUUGUUGGAGGUACCGAACCCCACCAGUUUCAUAUGCGCAUUCACCGAACCCUUCUUUAGUGAAAAAUAAAAUGUUUUUUUUUUUCAAAUUCAAGACAAAGUUAUGUUUUUGGUAACACUUUAGUAUGGGGAACAUAGUCUAAGUAACAAAGACUUAAUUUAGAGGUAUUCGGACACUAGGGGAACAUAUUCUAAGUAACAAAGACUUAAUUUAGAGUUAUUUGGACACUAGGGAAACAUAUUCUAAGUAAUAGAGACUUAAUUUAGAGUUAUUCGGUUAGGGUAAGGGUUAUAAGGCCAUGCCGAAUAAGGCAUUAAUAAGUACUUAAUAAUGACUAGUUAAUAGCCAAUAUGUUACUAAUUUGCAUGUUAAUAGGCAACUAAUUAAUGGUGAAUAUGUUCCCCAUACUAAAGUGUUACCAUGUUUUUUUUUACUGGUGCAUAAAAUGAACUGUGCAUGAACAUCACCUUGUUCAAAGAACAAAACCAACACAGUGCAUAAACUCACAACAAAUUACACUCCUGCAAACCAGUCAGCUGUUGCCGUAUCCAUAAUACGCCGAUAGGGAGAAGUUUGUAUUUACACGAUGAGUCGGGUGUGUCUUGACCUCCGCCGAACCUCUGAGCCCGACUCACCGAACCCUAUAGGGUUCAAUCGAACCCAGGUUAAGAACCACUGGUUUAGAAGCUGCAUGCACCUUUUUAAAAUUGUUGUGGAGCUCAUUUUACUCAUCUGUUUUGAUAAUCAGGUGAUUGUUUGCAGUAUGCUGUUUUCAGCAAGUCAAACAGUGGUUUUGCACAAAUAAAUACAU